AAUAGAACUAUCGAGUACUGGAUAUUUUAAAUUGAAAUUGAAAAACGAUACAAUAAGAAAGUCACUUCACCUAUUGACUUUUAUGGUUUCAAGUUGAGAUGAAGAAAACUAGAUUUAAAACUGAACAUGGGUUUAAAUCUUCAUGUAGAGAAGGAGAGGAUCCUCUGGAUACUUCAAAGGUGCCACUACGUAAGAGAUUACAGAAAGGAAGUUUAAAUUAUGGUAAAAAAAUGAAACAAGCAGAUGGAAGUGAAGGCACAAGUGAAGAUUCAGAGUAUAGUAGCAGUUUCAAAGCAGAUUUCUUACCUGCUAACAAUGCUGACAAAGUUGCUGGAGAAAUAUCAGAAUUAGAGUCAUAUAUACACCUACUGAAAUGUGGACAAAUUCAUGCUGUAGAUGAAUCUUUGACACUUUUUGUUGUCCCAGACAUUGACACCAGUAAAUUUGUUCUUAAGGAAGAAGAAUUUUUCAUUGUUAAACGAGAACCAAAAUCAUUUUCAAAUGAAGUUAGAUGGGUUUACAGCUGCUGUUGUGAUCCAAAUAGACAUGAACUACUUGAGAGUCUUUCAGACCAUGUUGUUACUGAUUUUGAAGUUUUUUCAACAACUUUUAAACAAUGUCUGCAUUGCCAAGCUGUAUGUAAUAUCUUGCAAGAAGUUGAUGGUUUUUAUGACAUCUGCCCAGAAAUUCAGAAAGAUCAUGAUUACACCAAUAACACAUCGGCUAAUGUUGAGGUAAGAGAAUAG